GCUCCCCGCCACACCGAACCAUCCACCCCGCGGGGAAGCGUCCGCGCGCACGGGGGGGGGGCGAACUCUGGCUCUCACUGGUCCUGCGGCGACUUUGCACGUGGCGCUCGGGUCUGCAUGCAGCUGUUUUCUCACUUGAACAUCAGGGAUCGGCUCCCCUCCCCCCCCUCCCUCCCCCUCUCCCCCCCUCCGGGAAUCACUCGCCUCCACAUGAUGGCUUUCACUAUGCGGAGGCCGGUCUCCACGCAUUCCUUCUCCCACCCCGCUGACCUGACCUUGAUGUCGGACGACGAGGAGGAGAACCGCAGCGAGAGCGACGGCAGCACCGACCAGGGCUACGGCUGCUGCGGGAUCCCGCGGGAGUCGGACGGCGCGGUGCCGCAUCGGAACGCCGCGAACGCCAGGGAGCGGCACCGGACGCAGAACGUGAACACGGCCUUCGCGGCGCUGCGGACGCUCAUCCCCACGGAGCCGGUGGACAGGAAGCUCUCCAAGAUCGAGACGCUGCGCCUCGCGUCCAGCUACAUCGCGCACCUGGCCAACGUGCUGGUGGUCGGGGACGGCAGGGGGGACGCGCAGCCGUGCCUCGGCGCCGUCUACAAGGAGCUGAAGGCGGCCGGAGGAGGCAAGAAGCCCCGCAACAUCUGCACGUUCUGCCUCAGCAACCAGCGCAGAGGGGUGAAGGACAGACGAGACUGCGUGAAGAUGCACGGAGGCGGCGUGAGACAAAUCAGUCGGCGGUGAAGUUGUCCGUGAGGAGGGUUGGAUGGACUCAUUGGAGCGGACCGCUCUCAGCGCGGGGAAGCAGUCUUUGAGGACGACGCAGACUUUGGGCCUUUGGCCUGGAGCAUCACCACAGAUCCCACGUGCCCUAAUGUCAGAGGGCAUAUCGUAGGAGAGGGAGAGCGACUGUACAUUUCAAUGGAAAACACAUUCAGGUGAUUGUCUACGUAGACAUGCAGUGGAAUUCUACACAAUUCACUCUCUUUCAGGGGCAGAAUACAUAUAUAUAUAUAUAUAUAUUGAUUCGUUAAGCAUCAUCAGUUCAUAUUACACCAGGAAGUGAGUAACGUCACAUGUUCGUUGCAUUGUUCAUUUGUACUUGGAGACCACAGAAUAUACAACAUCACUCGCUCUGGAUUACCAAAAGGUUUAUUACCACGGAGCAGCAUGGAAAAUGAUGUGCAAGUGCAAAUCAAUAUUUAAAGGCACAGGUUAUAAUCCAAAUGUAAAUAAAAAGAUGUAUUUGCCACUCUAAAACAAAUUAUAUAAAGCAGCUACCCUUUUUAAAUGAGACAUUUUACAAUAGAUGAUCUGAUGAUAAACUGAAACCAUGUGGAAAAUGACCUGCAAAAUACCACUCUGAGAGGCGUGUACUCAAAGAAAACCACAGAAAACCACAAAAAGUCCAAAACAACAGCAAAAAGGUGCUUCACUCUGAAGAGAGGGAGUCCUGAGGGCCCCCGCCUGUCGCACCCCUGUGCCCGGGACACAUUGUCCCAUAAUGCAGCCAUGCGUGUUCAUAGAAAGUGUCUUUUUAUUCUGUAGGUCAAGCCAAGCCUUUGCAUGACUACUGGACAGAUAGAGGAGUCGGGGACAUGGACGUGGUCUCUGUGCCGGUCUGUUGGGUAAACGAUACUGAUGAAAUAAACUCCCAUGAGCGUUUGCUUCAGGGUUCUGGGAGCUCGGCUCACUGACAGACUGAGGGGAGACCACUCCGUCCCCCAAAGCGGGCGCUGCAAUCUUUGUGGGACACUUGCUUUAAUUACAUGUUGUGAUUAUCCUUUGAAAUUAAAUUUAUUUUUACAUAAA